UUUUGACGUUUUUUUGACAGGUUUUCUCAGAUUUUCACAGAUUUCGAUUUUCACAAACCUCCUCGUUUUGCAAACAAUGACAACAACACCGAUCAAUGCGAUUGAGGUGCUGACGCAACUGCCAAGCGACAUCCAGUCGACGGUGCUCUCGUUUCUGUCCCCCUCGGACCUGCAGCAGCUGCGACUGAGCAGUCGCGGGCUGAGCAAGCUGGUGGACGAGACUUCGACGCUGUGGGUGUCGCGCUACACUGCGAGCUACGGCAACGUCAACGAGUACAUUGCCAUCCUCAACAACAACCUGGGCUUUGAGCUGCCGGCAUUCGUCCCACAGGGCGGGUGGAAGGGCGCCUUCAUUGAGCGCCAGAUCCAACAGCAGGACAGCAGGGCAACGGACCUCGUGGCGGUGGACGCCAGGUCGGCGUUGACCAGAAGCGAGCGACCCGCCGGCAGCAGCGAUGGUGCAUCAACGAGCGCACAGGCAUCUGCAAGCACCGCCGCGACUGCCGGGACUGCAGGGGCUGCUGGGAAGAGCGCGGCCGCCGAGGACGAGACGACCCAAGUCAUCACGCUGCAUGCGAAUCCCGCCUCGAGUUCAAUGCUGGUGGCAAACGCCGAGAUUGCACAGCCGAGAUUGCACAGCCGCUGUUUGUCGAAGCAGAAGGGCUUCUGCGCGAAUGUGAAAAGGACGCCAGCGAUAUCGAGCCAAAGCUCGACAAGAUUGCUGCAAAUCUCAUGCGCGUGCUGGAACUCGUUCCGGAACAUGCACCGACGUUCCAUCUUCUCGCGUGUACACCCAGCCAUGCGUUUCAUCGAAUUUUGCGAAGAGGUGGAUGCAGAUUUCGAGCCCGUGCGAGAGCUCAAAAAGCAAGUGCUAUCAUUGAUUGAAAAGCAGACAGAAACAGAUGACCAUGUUGCCCUUAUUGUCGACGACUAUCUUAGCGAGGAUUUGCAAGAAGUCCUAACGCGUAUCUUUGCACGCUUCGACCGAGACGGAGACCACGCAUGGAACCGACAAGAGCUGGACAGCUUUGUGUUUGCCACAAACCAGCAACACGUUACAGAUCAGUUCUGGCGAGCCAUCCGGCAAAACUUUACCUGCAACGCUCGUGGACACUUGCUUCAAGAGGGGCUGUUUGAGUUUUACUUGCGGCAAACGCUGGAUGAUCCUGAAGAGACGUGGAAGGACAUGCGCACGCACGGGUUUGACAGCUUUUUGCGCUCGGACGAGACUGCACGUUCUGCCUAGGUCCCCAGCAGGCGCUUUUUCUCUUUGCCUGCUUUCGAGCAAGUCGUUUGAGUCGUUUGUAGCUCUCUUCAUCGAAUUCACUUCCCUUCGACUGUUGUUGUUGUUGUUGUUGUUGUUGUUGUUGUU